CAUGGCGCACUACUAAACUUUAGACUCUGGUGUACAAAACCUCCGUGCUUCUGUUUCCUUUUAGUUUUUAAGUCAAUUAGUGCGAGUUUGUCGCUCAUUCGUUACGCUUGCGUUUUGAGCGUAAGAAUUUUGUUGUUAUUUUUUUUUCUUUUCUUUUAACAUUCUUUCGUCAAUUGUGUUAAAAAGUGGCAAGUUUAUUCAACAAUUUUUAACCGUGAUGCGUUCAACUGGAUGAACCGCUCGUACCGUGAACUCGAAAAGGAUAUAUAAUAUUAAUAAUAAUAAUAAAGAAAGAGUGAACGGUGUUGCGAAGAUUUUAUUUAUUUUUUAAGUAAAAAAUUUAUUACAUUUUCUAAGUAUCGACAAAAUGUCGAACCCAGAAAUUGAGAUGCAUUACACACCGCCAACGUCGGAUACAAUUCAGACAAAGCCUUUUCCGAUAAGAGGAGAACGUGCGAAUUACGUGAACAAACCACACGUAAUAGCAAUGGUUGGAUUACCUGCACGUGGGAAGACUUAUAUAUCAAAAAAACUCUGCAGAUAUUUAAAUUGGAUUGGAAUAAAUACGAAAGUAUUUAAUUUGGGAGAAUAUAGGAGACAUGCGACGACGGCUUAUCAAUGCCACGACUUUUUUAGACCAGAUAAUAUUAAAGCAAUGGCAAUAAGAACACAAUGUGCGAUCGAUGCUUUGAAUGAUGUUUGUCAAUGGCUUGAAAAUGGCGAUGGAGAGGUGGCUGUUUUUGAUGCAACGAAUUCAACUGUUGAAAGGAGAAGGAUGAUUCAAGAUAUUGUUGUUAAAAAAAUGGGUUUCAAAUUAUUCUUUGUUGAAUCGGUAUGCAACGAUCCGGAAAUUGUUGAGCAAAAUAUUAUGGAGGUAAAAGUUAGCAGCCCGGAUUACACAGAUAUGAACAAGGAAGCCGUUCUUGCAGAUUUUAUGAUGCGGAUAGAACAUUAUCAGGAGAAGUAUCAGCCUCUCGAUGAGAAUUUUGAAGCUGAUUUGUCGUUUAUGAAAAUUUAUAACACGGGGGAAAAAGUACUCGUGCAUAAACACGAAGGACAUAUUCAAAGCAGAAUAGUUUAUUAUUUAAUGAACAUACAUAUCGUGCCUCGAACUAUAUAUUUAACAAGACAUGGAGAAAGUAUAAUGAAUCUUGAAGGAAGAAUAGGUGGUAAUUCUGACCUCAGUGCCAGAGGAUACGAGUACAGCAAUGCUCUCGCUCAAUUUAUUGCUCAGCAGGAUAUACAGGAAUUAAGGGUAUGGACCAGUAAGCUAAAGCGUACUAUACAAACUGCUGCCGGUGUUAAAGCUCCACAAGAACGAUGGAAAGCUUUGAAUGAAAUUGAUGCGGGAAUCUGCGAAGAAAUGACCUACGAAGAAAUAGCUGAUAAAUAUCCAACGGACUUUGCUGCGAGGGACCAAAAUAAAUUUUCAUACAGAUAUCCUAGGGGUGAAAGUUACGAGGAUUUAGUUGCCAGAUUGGAGCCAGUGAUAAUGGAAUUAGAACGCCAGGGUAAUGUCCUUGUAGUAAGUCAUCAAGCUGUUCUAAGAUGUUUGCUUGCCUAUUUUCUGGACAAAAGUGCUGAUGAGUUACCGUACUUAAGCGUGCCCUUACACACCAUCAUGAAGCUAACGCCUGUGGCCUAUGGGUGUAAAGUAGAGCAUAUUCGACUGCCCAUAGAUGCAGUGGAUACUCAUCGACCAAAGCCAAAGAUACCUGGAUAUUUGGAGGAACGUUUCCGGGGCAAUCCUAAGACAUUGCUUACGUGAUGUAACAAUGCUGUUCUAAUAAAAUUCUAUUACUACGUUAUCUUGUGGCAAGAAGGAAGAAUUGAUAUUGUUGGCAGCUGGCUGCCAAAGAGAGCGAGUAUAAUGCUGGAAUAUUUAGAUCUGUUAUCGAGAGAUAUAAAUGAAAACAUCAAAAUUCCACCGAUAUAUUUGAGCUACUCCAUUAAAUCAUACUUUUAACAAAGGCACGUAUAAAAAAGAAAAUAGAAAAUGAAAUAAACAAUGGAAAAACUUUGCAUGAAAUUACUACGUAAUUGUGAUUUGUUGUUAUCAAAAUUUUUAUGUGAUAAGAGUACUUGGAUAAUGAGUAUUCUACAAAAAUUUUAAAUUAUUAUAUAGUAUUGAUAUUUUCUGUAAACCGUUGAUAGAUUAUCUUUGCCCAUUUCAAAUUUCACUCUCCAAUUUUACAUAGGUUUAAUGUAUACGUAAUUUUUUGAAUGAAAGAAUCCUAAUAGUGAAAUUUCAAAUAAAAGAUUGAUAACGAUCCUUGUUCAAUAUUAUUGAUCUGUAUAAUUUUGUAAAUCUUUUGUAACAUUAUAAAGAAUGUUAUAUGCAAACGGUCAUUAACUUGCUUCGUGGUAACUAUUAUUAUAUCAUACAUAUAAUAUACUGAAAAUAUAAUAUUUAAUAACCAAAUGCUGUCAGAAUCUUCCAAAUAUAUUUUUUAUUAUGUAAA